CUUAUACCCCCUCCCACCCAACUCCCUUUCUUUUCUCGCCUCUCCACCUCUCACAUUCAAGAAGAUGGACGAGUCAAGGAAAAUCACCAUCUCCAUCGACCGUGGUGGCACCUUUACAGACGUGCACGCCAUCGUACCGGGCCGCCCUGACAUCAUCCUAAAGCUACUAUCCGUCGACCCCGGUCACUACCAAGAUGCACCGACAGAAGGCAUCCGACAGAUUCUCGAGCUGGUAACGGGAAAGCCGCAUCCCCGGGGUCAGCCGCUGGAGCUGGGUCCGAUCGGCAGUCUGCGGAUGGGCACAACCGUGGCGACGAACGCGCUGCUGGAGCGCAAGGGCGCGCGCUCGGUCUUAUUCACAACGCGGGGAUUCCGGGAUCUGCUGAAGAUCGGGGACCAGUCUCGACCGAAUAUUUUCGAUUUAAGCAUGGCUCGGCCAGGGGUGUUACCGGAGGGCGUGGUGGAAAUUAACGAGCGUGUCGUGCCGUGUCAUCCGUCGGCGGAUAAGGAUUGUUUUGCCGAGGCGCGGGUGGUGGAGGGUGUGACUGGGGAGAAGUUCAAGGUCGUUCAGGAGUUGAAUAUGGAAGAGGUGGAGAGUGAGCUGCGCCGGUUAAAAGAGGAGGGAUACCAGUCUCUGUCUGUUGCGCUGGUGCACUCCUUCGCCUACCCGGAUCAUGAGCGCAAAAUCGGUGAUCUUGCGCGGAAGAUGGGCUUUUCUGUCACAUUAUCUUCGCAGCUGCAGCCCAUGAUCAAGAUCGUUCCCCGAGGCAUGUCCGCUGCGGCGGAUGCCUAUCUUACUCCGGUGAUCAAGACUUACAUUGAUUCGAUCUCGUCGAGCUUCGAAGGCGGGCUGGAACGCCAGCAUGAGUGUCGAUUCGAGUUCAUGCAGUCCGAUGGUGGAUUAGUAGACUUCCGCAAAUUUAGCGGCCUGAAGGCUAUUCUAUCCGGUCCUGCCGCCGGUGUGGUCGGUUUUGCGGCCACCAGCUAUGACCCGGAGGAGAAGACACCCGUCAUUGGUUUCGACAUGGGCGGCACGUCGACAGAUGUGUCGCGAUUUGACGGCCAUCACGAGCAUGUUUUUGGAUCCAAGGUGGCCGGUGUUCUCAUCCAGUCGCCUCAACUGGACAUCAACACCGUGGCUGCUGGCGGUGGCUCGAUCCUGUCGUGGCGCAACGGACUUUUCUACGUCGGACCUGAGUCCGCUUCUGCCCAUCCGGGCCCUGCAUGCUACCGCAAGGGUGGCCCACUGACCGUGACAGACGCAAAUCUGUUCUUGGGCCGUCUGAUGCCGGAAUAUUUCCCUCACAUCUUUGGCCCCAACGAAGAUCAGCCGCUGGACAUCGAGGUCACCACCAAGCUGUUCAACGACCUGACGGACAAGGUCAACACCGAGAGAAAGGAAAAGGGACAGCCUACGUACACGGCGGAGGAGGUGGCCCUGGGUUUCCUCAAGGUCGCAGAUGAGUCGAUGGCUCGUCCUAUCCGCGGGUUGACUGAAGCUCGUGGGUUCGAAACUGCAUCGCAUCAUCUUGCUUGCUUCGGUGGAGCAGGUGGCCAGCAUGCGUGCUCGGUCGCUGCAUCGCUUGGAAUCUCUCGCACGAUCAUUCAUCAGUUCUCUUCGGUUCUUUCUGCCUACGGCCUGGCGCUGGCUGAGGUCGUCAAGGAGUCCCAGGAGCCGGUCUCCAAAGAUUACCUGUCCUCCAAGUCUAAUCUGGAUGGCCGGUUUGUGGAGAUGAUGAAGGCGGCGACGGAAGAGAUGGAGGUCCAGGGAUUCCGCGGCGACCAGGUCCACCAUGAGCUAUAUCUUAAUAUGCGCUACGAGGGCUCUGACACUAGCUUCAUGAUUUUAAAGCCUGAAGAUGAGUCCGGGUUCCUCGAGCAAUUCCGUGCCCGUCAUCGUCGCGAAUUCAACUUCAACUCCGACCGUCCGGUGUUGGUGGACGACAUCCGUGUACGGACGAUUGCCUCGUCCAAGGUACGCACGGAGAAGAGCCCACUGGUGCAGCUGAAGGAAGCAACGCUGCAGGAUAUCUCAGGACCCCCUCACAACACGACCAAGGCCUACUUUGACGGAUAUCCGGACCGGAUUGACACCGCGGUCUAUCUCCUGGACAAGCUGGACCGCAGCACCCGGGUGCAUGGCCCCGCCAUCAUUAUCGACAAGACGCAGACGAUCGUGGUGGCCCCUAACGCGGUCGCCAACAUCUUGGAGACGUGCAUUGUCAUUGACCUGCAAGAAUCCAAGAACCCCGUCGCGAAGAAUGUGUCCACCGAGAUCGAUCCUAUUCGGCUCACCAUUUUCGGCCAUCGAUUCAUGUCGAUUGCGGAACAGAUGGGCCGUACCCUGCAGAAGACGUCCGUGUCGACCAACAUCAAGGAGCGCCUGGACUUUUCGUGCGCGCUAUUCUCUCCAGACGGCGGACUUGUCGCCAAUGCGCCCCACGUCCCUGUCCAUCUGGGAUCCAUGCAGUUUGCUGUGCGCUACCAACAUCAGAAAUGGCUGGGCAACCUCAAGGAUGGCGACGUGCUGGUGGCGAACCAUCCGACCUGUGGCGGGACGCAUUUGCCCGAUAUCACGGUCAUUACACCCGUUUUCGACCGACCGGGUGGCAGCGAGAUAAUGUUCUACGUGGCCUCGCGUGGCCACCAUGCCGAUAUCGGCGGUAUCCUCCCCGGGUCUAUGCCGCCCAAGUCAACGGAGCUGUGGCAGGAAGGCGCCGCGAUCGAGGGUGACAAGAUCGUCAGCAAUGGCGUCUUCGACGAGGAUCGUGUGAUCGAGCUGCUGGUGCGCCAGCCCGCCGAACACCCCGGGUGCUCGGGGGCGCGCUGCAUCAGCGACAACCUGUCAGAUCUGAAGGCGCAGAUUGCAGCCAACACGCGGGGCAUCGGUCUCAUCCAAACGCUGUUCGCGGAGUACGGCACGGAGACGGUGCAGAGAUACAUGUACGCCAUCCAGUCGACAGCAGAGACGGCGGUCCGCAAUCUCUUGAAGGAAUUACACCAGAAGUUCGGUGGUCAACCACUCGAAGCCGUCGACUACAUGGACGACGGCACCCCGAUCAAGCUAAAAGUCACCAUCAACGACACGGACGGGUCGGCGGUGUUUGACUUUGCGGGGACAGGGCCCGAGGUGUACGGGGGUUGGAACGCGCCGAUCGCGAUCACACACUCCGCCAUCAUCUACUGCCUGCGCUGCAUGAUCAACGCGGAUAUCCCGCUGAACCAGGGGUGUCUAGCCCCGAUCGACAUCCAGGUCCCGUCGCCCAGCCUGCUGUCCCCGACGAAGACGGCAGCCGUCGUCGGCGGCAACGUGGUCACGUCGCAACGCAUCACCGACGUGGUGCUCAAAGCGUUCCGCGCCUGCGCAGCGUCACAAGGAUGCUGCAACAACCUCACCUUCGGGACGAACUCGCGGACAGACCCCGACACAGGGGCCACGAUUCCCGGAUUCGGCUACUACGAGACGAUCGCCGGCGGCAGCGGCGCAGGACCGACCUGGACAGGCGAGUCCGGCAUCCACGUACACAUGACGAACACACGGAUCACCGACCCCGAGAUCCUGGAGAAGCGAUACCCCACGCUGCUGCGGCAGUUCACGCUACGGACGGGGUCCGGCGGACGCGGCAAGCACCAGGGCGGCGAUGGCGUGGUGCGCGAGAUUGAGUUCCUUUCUCCGAUGGAGUGCUCGAUCCUGUCGGAGCGGCGGGUGCACCGGCCUUAUGGGCUGGAGGGGGGCGAGGACGCGCAGACGGGGCUGAACCUGUGGUCGACGCGGGAUGCCGAGACGGGGGAGGAGCGGACGGUUAAUAUUGGAGGGAAGAAUACGGUGUCUGUGAAGACGCAUGAUCGGAUCGUGAUUAUGACGGCUGGCGGGGGCGGAUGGGGAAGUCGUGAGGAAUAG